AUUUGUAUUAAAAAAAAAAUAAUUUAAUAAUAGUGUGAAGAAACAGUUCGAAAAUCACUUUCCCGUCGGAGUUUCCACAAGUUUGGAUCAAGAGGACCAACAAGAUAAGAUUCAUCCUCUGUAUUCAUCACGUAAGAAAAUGCCCAACCUCAAACGCCGGCUACUCCUGGCGGCAAUGCUGGCGCUGGCCGUCUCCUCCGCUUCCUGGUUGUCCAUCUUCCCUCUCCACUUAUCCAAACAAAACAGCCAUAAUUUGGGUCUGUCCGCUCCUCCUCCUCCAGAUUCAGGCCCUUACCACGACUGGGACCUCUUCGCGACCGAUUUCCGAGAAAUGCUCCAAAGCUUCAAGAUUUACGUCUACCCCACCAAUUCCAACAAUUCCGAUCCUCCUUCCUCCCCCUCCUUCGCUUCAUUCCCCGCCGUCUUCCUCCCCCACCCCAACCCCUUCGACCCCAAGCUCGGAAACUACUUCAGCGAGCACAUGUUCAAGCUCUCUCUCCUCUCCAGCUCCUUCGUCACCAACGACCCACAAAAUGCCCACCUCUUCUUCCUCCCAUUCUCCGUCAAUGUCCUCCGCAACGACCCCCGUGUCCACUCCGAGUCCUCCAUCGCCGAGUUUGUCGCCCACUACACUGCCGCCGUCGGCCGAGACUUCAAGUUCUGGAACGCCUCCUCUGGCGCCGACCACUUCUACGCCUGCUGUCACUCUGUUUGCAGAGAGGCCGCCGCCCAACAUGCCGGGCUGCGCAACAAUGCGAUCCAGCUCACUUGCUCCUCCAGCUACUUCCAGAGAUUGUAUGUUACGCAUAAAGAUGUCGCCUUGCCGCAGGUUUGGCCACGGCCUCCUCAGCAAUCCCUCAACCCCCCACAAUCCAGGGAUAAGCUUGUUUAUUUCUCAGGACGAAUUCAAAACUCGGACAUUCGCCAACAGCUGAUCGAUUUAUGGGGCAACGACACUCGCAUGGACAUAUUUCCCGGCAACCCGUCUUACCCUUACGAAGAAGGGUUUCGGAGGAGCAAGUUUUGCCUCCAUGUCAGAGGCUACGAGGUCAACACUGCGAGAGUGAGUGACGCAAUACACUACGGCUGCAUUCCGGUUAUAAUAUCCAACCACUACGAGCUUCCAUUUGCUAAUGUCUUGGAUUGGACCAAGUUCUCAGUUAUUGUCAACAGUGGCGAGGUUUCCUUGUUGAAGAAGACAUUGUUGUCGAUAACAAGACAAUCGUAUGCGACGUUGUACCGUAAUUUGAUCAAGGUUCGUCGGCAUUUUGUUUGGCACGAGACUCCGAAAGGUUACGACUCCUUCCACAUGACUGCUUACCAGCUGUGGCUCAAAAGAAGCUCGCUGCGUCUGUCCGCCUAAACCAAGUUCCGGCGUUGUAUCUUUACACUUCUAAAGCUGAAUGUCACAGUUGUACCACAUGAAUGAUUUGCACCAUAUUUUGUGAAA